AUGUCGGACAAGAAGUCUAUUCAGGACCUUCUCAACAUGCUCACUGUUGGUGAGACCUUGUCUGCAUCACAGGAGAAAAAAAUGAAAGACUACCUCUUUUGGAAUAGCCAACCUGUCCCAAAAUUGGACGAGUCUAUUAAAGAGGAAGGUCCAAUUGAUCCACCCAAAACCCCAGCUGAUGUUUCGGAUAAGCCAAUGCCAUUGCUUGCUGAGUUCGAAUGGAGUACUGUUGAUAUUGAUGAUGAUAAACAAAUAAACGAGCUUUAUGACUUGUUAUAUGAGAAUUACGUCGAAGAUACGGAUGCUACAUUUCGAUUCAAGUAUAGUCGUGAGUUUUUCAAGUGGGCAUUAAAACCACCAGGUUGGAAAAAGGAAUGGUAUGCUGGAGUUCGUGUAAAGUCGAGCAAUAGAUUAAUUGCCUUCAUCGCGGCAACUCCUGUGACAGUUAAGUUGAACAAGUCAAACAAGUCCAUGGGCAGUGUUGAAAUAAACUUCUUGUGUAUACACAAAAAGUUGAGGAAUAAAAGACUUGCUCCAAUAUUAAUUAAGGAGAUCACGAGAAGAGUGAAUAAGGAAAACAUUUGGCAAGCUUUAUACACUGGGGGUGCCAUUUUGCCCACUCCACUUGCCACUUGCCGUUACCAGCAUCGACCUCUCAACUGGCCGAAACUACACGACGUCGGAUUCAGCCACUUGCCAGCAGAUAAAACAAAGGCUAGUAUGAUAGCUCACUACGCAUUACCCAAUGCUACGCAAUUGCCGGGCUUGAGGAAAAUGACUGAUGCUGAUGUACCCGAUACCUUAAAGUUGUUGAAUGAUUACCAAAAAAGAUUUGAUAUUGUGCAAGAGUUCACCGAGGAGGAGUUCAGUCAUUGGAUGUUGGGCCAAUCAGACGUUAUCAAGGCAUAUGUGGUGGAAAAGGAAGGAAAGAUUACCGAUUUUUUUUCGUAUUAUCUACUUCCAUUCACCGUUUUAGAGAAUAAAAUGCACGAUGAGUUGGGCGUAGCCUAUUUAUUUUACUAUGCUACCGAUACCAAAGAGGGCUAUAAGGCUAGGUUAACAGACUUGAUGAACGACGCGUUGAUUACGGCCAAGCUGUUCCAGGCUGAUGUUUUCAAUUGCCUCACUUGUCAAGAUAACACGUUUUUUUUAAAAGGAUGCAAAUUUGGCAGUGGAGAUGGCUUUUUGAAUUACUACUUGUUCAAUUAUAGGACUUUCCCAAUGAACGGUGGUAUUGACAAGGAGUCAAAACAGGUUGCAGAGGACCAAACAAGUGGUAUUGGAGUUAUUCUUUUGUAG